AUGGAAUGUGGAAAUGUGACUGAAACUCAAGAUAAUGUGAUUAUGGAAUUUGGUAAUGUGGGAGUAGAUGAGGAUAAUGUGAUUAUGGAAUUUGGUAAUGUGUUAGUAGAUGAGGAUAAUGGGUUUAUGGAAUUUGGUAAUGUGGGAGUAGAUGAGGUUAAUGGGUUUAUGGAAUGUGGCAAUGUGGCAGUAGAUGAGGAUAAAGUGAUUAUGGAAUUUGGUAAUGUGGCAGUAGAUGAGGAUAAUGUGAUUAUGGAAUUUGGUAAUGUGGGAGUAGAUGAGGAUAAUGUGAUUAUGGAAUUUGGUAAUGUGUUAGUAGAUGAGGAUAAUGGGUUUAUGGAAUUUGGUAAUGUGGGAGUAGAUGAGGUUAAUGGGUUUAUGGAAUGUGGCAAUGUGGCAGUAGAUGAGGAUAAAGUGAUUAUGGAAUUUGGUAAUGUGGCAGUAGAUGAGAAUAAUGUGAUUAUGGAAUUUGGUAAUGUGGCAGUAGAUGAGGAUAAUGUGAUUAUGGAAUUUGGUAAUGUGGCAGUAGAUGAGGUUAAUGUGAUUAUAGAAUUUGGUAAUGUGGCAGUAGAUGAGGAUAAAGUGAUUAUGGAAUUUGGUAAUGCGGCAGUAGAUGAGGUUAAUGGGUUUAUGGAAUGUGGCAAUGUGACAGGAUCUGUGGAUAAAGUGAUUAUGGAAUUUGGUAAUGCGGCAGUAGAUGAGGAUAAUGGGUUUAUGGAAUGUGGUGAUGUGACAGUUGAUGGUGAUAAUGGGAUUAUAGAAUAA